CUUUCUGGAUGAAGCUCAGGAUUUGAGAAACUGAGACUCAGAAGCAGGCACAGAGCAGCAGGCAGCCAGGAGGGUGAGCAGAAGGGGCUGCCUCCAUCUCCCUCCUGGCCCUACGGGGCUCAAAGCUUAGGGAGAAAGGUUAAAAUUUAACAUGUAAGAAAGAAAACUGAGCGUUACGCAUGGCGGGGAAGACGCGGGGCCCUCGCUUCUCCCCGGCCCCGUUCCUUGGAAGGGCUCCUUAUCUCUCCCCGCUCCACAGACCCUGUAGGCCACGGGCAGGACACGCUUAUCAGCGGGAGCAGAGCAGGCGCUUCUCCUCACAUUCCUCUGCUGCCUGCGCUGGUUCACCGUAAAAUCCUCGGCGUGAGCUGGUCAGACGCUGCCAACCCCCACGGGCUCUGCCGGGCUCUCCAGGCCCUGCAGGACACGUCGGGAGAGCGGCGGGAGGAGAACUGGCAUCCGGCCCCGACACCGGCCACGGAGGAGCUGCUGACGUCCCCCCGCGAGCGGGCAGCUGCCACACCGGUGCCAGCAGCCUCCACCAUGAACCUGGAGAAGGCAGGAGGGAGGCUCUGCACUGGGAAACGCACUAGCCUGCCCGUGGCCCGGCCCUUCCCGGUGAUCCAGAAGGUGAUGGCCUCCAUGGCACACCUGCAGGAGGAGAAGCUGCGGCUGCAGGAGGAGCUGCUGGGGCUGCAGGAGAAGCUCGCUGCCCGGGAGAACAACGAGCUCUCCCGCUCUCUCCAGCUGCAAGGCCAGGUUGAAACUCUGAAGGCGAAGCUGCUGGAGCAGGCACAGGAGAUCAGCCGGCUGCGCUCGGAGCUGGGCGGCACAGACGUGGAGAAGCACCGGGACCUGCUGGCAGCCGAGAACGAGCGCUUGCGGCAGGAGAUGAAGGCGUGCGAGGGGGAGCUGCGGGAGCUGCGGCAGCAGCAGCAGGCACCCUGCCGGGACUGCGUCCACCUCCAGGAAAACGCGGGGCUGCAGGAGCGGCUGUCCCAGCUGCAGCGGGAGGCGGAGGAGACACGGGCCAAGCUGGCAGAGCUGGACCUGGAGGUGCAGCAGAAGACGAACCGCUUGGCCGAGGUGGAGCUGCGGCUCAAGGACUCCCUGGCCGAGAGAGCCGAGGAGGAGGAGCGGCUCAGCCGGCGGCUGCGGGACAGCCAGGAGACCAUCGCCAGCCUUAAGUCCCAGCCCCAGCAGAUAAAGUACAUCAUCAAGACAGUAGAGGUGGAGUCGGCCAAGGCGAAGCAAGCCCUGUGCGAGAGCCAGUCCCGAAACCAGUACCUGCAGGAGCAGGUGGGGAUGCAGAGGCAGGUGCUGAAGGAGAUGGAACAGCAGCUGCAGAGCUCCCAAAAGACAGCAGCUCAGCUCCGAGCUCAGAUCAUGAUGUACGAGGCUGAGCUGGAGCGAGCCCACGGGCAGAUGCUGGAGGAGAUGCAGGCGAUGGAGGAAGAGAAAAACCACGCCAUCGAAGAGGCAUUUUCCCGUGCCCAGGUGGAGAUGAAGGCAGUGCACGAAAACCUGGCAGGUGUCCGGACCAACCUGCUGACGCUGCAGCCAGCACUGCGCACCCUCACCCACGACUACAACAGCCUCAAGCGUCAGGUCCGCGACUUCCCCCUGCUCCUCCAGGAGACCCUGCGGAGCGCCAGGGCUGAGAUCGGACAGGCCAUCGAGGAGGUGCACAGCACCAACCGGGAGCUGCUGCGCAAGUACAGGCGGGAGCUACAGCUCCGCAAGAAGUGUCACAAUGAGCUGGUGCGGCUGAAAGGAAACAUCCGUGUUUUUGGGCGAGUCCGCCCCAUCACGAAGGAGGACGGUGAAGGACCAGAGGCAACCAAUGCGGUGACCUUUGACGCCGAUGAUGAUGCUGUGCUGCACCUCCUGCACAAGGGAAAGCAGGUGUCCUUUGAGCUGGAUAAGGUCUUCCCCCCACAAGCAUCCCAGGAGGAGGUGUUUCAGGAGGUUCAAGCCCUGGUCACCUCCUGCAUCGACGGCUACAACGUCUGCAUCUUCGCCUAUGGGCAGACGGGGGCAGGAAAGACCUACACAAUGGAGGGAACAGCCGCAAACCCCGGAAUCAACCAGCGGGCCCUGCAGCUCCUCUUCUCCGAGGUGCGGAGCAAAGCGGCUGACUGGGACUACGCCAUCAGUGUCAGCGCCGCCGAGAUUUACAACGAGGCUCUCAGGGACUUGCUGGGGAAGGAGCCGCAGGAGAAGCUGGAGAUCAAGCUGUGCCCCGAUGGCAGCGGGCAGCUCUACGUGCCUGGGCUGACCGAGUUCAGGGUGCAGAGCGUGGAGGACAUCAACAAGGUCUUUGAGUUCGGCUACGUCAACCGGGCAACAGAGUGCACCAACCUGAAUGAGCACAGCUCCCGCUCCCAUGCCCUUCUCAUCAUCACUGUCCGCGGCCUCGACCGCAGCACGGGGCUCCGCACCACAGGGAAGCUGAACCUCGUAGACCUGGCGGGCUCGGAGCGGGUCGGGCGGUCGGGCGCAGAGGGCAGCCGGCUCCGUGAAGCACAGCACAUCAACAAGUCCCUCUCGGCGCUGGGGGACGUCAUUUACGCCCUGCGCUCCCGGCAGGGCCACGUGCCCUUCCGCAACUCCAAGCUGACCUACCUGCUGCAGGACUCACUCAGUGGUGACAGCAAGACCCUCAUGAUGGUGCAGGUCUCUCCUGCUGAGAAAAACACCAGCGAGACGCUGUGCUCCCUGAAGUUUGCCGAGAGGGUUCGCUCCGUGGAGCUGGGGCCUGUCUCCCGCAAGGCUGAGCUGGUGUCCUGGCCCAGCCAGGAGCACCUUGAGGGUGACUCACCAGGGACUGCAGCAUCCCCUGGCCGGGGCCACACGUCCUCCAGCCCGGGGCAGCUCUCCGGCCGCUCCGCCUCCAUCCGCAGGAAGCUCCAGACCUCAGGGAAGCUGAGGCCAGUCCCUGUGUGACAAGUGCCAGCACCAGCUGCAAACCUGCUGCCGGACCCGGCCCCUCACGGUGCUGCGGAGAGCCGGCUGCUGGCAGACAUGAAGGCUUGGGUGCCCUUGGCCACCAGGACCUGCGACCAGAGGGUGAUGGCACCUCUCACCAAGAGCAGUGCUGGGGUCUCCCAGCAGCCAAACCCCCAGCUCAGGGUGGGGGACAGUGGUGCUGGAAAGGGAUCUGCCCCCUCAGAUGCUCAGCUCUGUGACUUUUUAUUUUUGCUGGAGGGAUGUUUUAGGCAGAGCAGGGAGCUGCUGGGUGCUCCCUCAUUGCUCCAGCUUUGUUUUUACAACAGUAGCCGUAUCUGGCUGGAGGGGGCUUGGAGCCAGGUGAGCUCCCUCAUACAUCUUCACUGCCCCACAGGGCCCACCUGGCUGCAGCUCCCCUAAGCCUACAUGCAGGCAGCUGCCCGGUGGCUUUCAGAGCAGUGCUUCCUCUAUUUUAAGCCAGAAAAAAAUCCCAGCAGCUCCUUUCCCCAUAGGUUUCUCAAGCCCUGUUGUUGCAUGAAGGCACCUGGUGCCGUGCAUGAGCUGAGCUGCCAUUCGUGGUGGUGCCAGUGCUGCCAGGGCCCCAUGCCGGCUGCCCCUCUUGCCUGGCACCAGGAUGAAUGUAUCAGUCUUGAAUGAAGCUGUUGUAAAGUUAUUUACCAGUUGUCUUGUCCAGAGAGAUCACAGUGUGGUCAAGAUGAAAUUGUUUGAAAUAUUUAUGCCCCGUUUACACGGUCUUGGAAGGGAAAAAGAACAACAACAAAAAAAUGAAACCUCCAGCCCAAUAGCCUGUUGGCUUAUGUGUCAGGACAGUGGCUGCUGGGGGGGAGGAGCAGGUUGGAGAAGACCACACUUUCCCCCUGAGCACUCAUGGGUACGUGUCCUCCUGCUACAAGUACCUGACUGGAUGCACUGAUGGCUCCUUCCCACCACAGGCUGCUCAUCUCACUCUUCCACAGCAUAUUCUAUUGAAGAGAGGAAAAAAAAAGGGAAAAAAUAAAUUUAGCCUUUUGUAAGAGUAGAUGUUUCUAUGUAUUUUAAUAAUUAAAAUAAAAUCCUGUUUUGUAACAAAACUUAUUUUAAGUAAACUCUUAAAGCCA